GUCAUGUGUCAUAUCGAAAUAGAUUAUGAAAUAGGUUAAAAAAGAUUAAAUUAAAGGUUUUUUUAAUUUUUAAAAACAAUAAUUUUAGCUAAAUAUUUACCACGUUACAUUACCCUACAUAUUAGCCUUUAUUAGCAAUCAGUCUGAGUUUAAGAGAGAGAAAUUUUAAAGUUAAAUUAUGAAAACGGUGUUGAUGGUGGCUGAAAAGCCUUCAUUAGCUGGUUCUCUAGCUGGUAUAUUAAGUAAUGGAAAAAACACCUCAAGAAAAGGUUUCAAUGGUGCAUGUUCGAUCCACGAAUGGAAUGGCACCUUUUCAAAUGCUCCAGCACAUUUUAAGAUGACUUCUGUCUGCGGUCAUGUUCUGGGCGUCGACUUUAUCGGUAAAUACAAUAACUGGGAUAGAGUAGACCCGGUUGAAUUAUUUUCAUGUCCAAUCGAGAAAAAAGAAGCCAUGCCAAAGCUAAAAAUGCCAGCUUUCCUUGCAGCAGAAGCAAAGGGUUGUGAUAUUCUCGUUUUGUGGCUCGAUUGUGAUAAAGAAGGAGAAAAUAUAUGUUUUGAAGUAAUGGCUUCAGUCGCUAAGAGUAUGAAUGGAAAUGUCUAUUCUGACACUGUAACGUACCGGGCUCGAUUUUCAGCCAUCACUGACAAAGAUAUUAAGGCAGCCUUUAAUAAUCUUGCUCAUCCGAAUGAAAAUGAAGCGAAAAGUGUAGAUGCUCGUCAAGAACUGGACUUAAGAAUAGGAUGCGCCUUCACUAGGUUCCAGACAAAAUUCUUUCAAGGGAGAUAUGGUGAUUUAGAUGCAUCACUGAUCUCUUAUGGCCCAUGUCAAACACCAACUUUAGGCUUUUGUGUUCAGAGACACGACGAGAUUCAGUCUUUCAAACCGGAAACCUAUUGGGUGGUGCAAGUGUCUGUUAAGACGAAAGAUGAUAACGAGGUACCUUUAGAAUGGGAGAGGAUUAGAUGUUUUGAUAAAGAUGUGGCUAGUAUGUUUCUUCAAUUGGUUAAACAAGAAAAGCAAGGAAAGGUUGUUAGUGUCACAGCGAAGGAAAAAAGUAAGCCACGUCCAGUAGCUUUGAACACAGUGGAGCUAAUGAGAGUGGCGAGUUCUGGGUUGGGAAUGGGACCUCACCAUGCCAUGCAGAUAGCGGAACGGCUUUAUACUCAGGGUUAUAUAAGUUACCCCAGAACAGAAACUACAAAAUAUCCAGAAAAUUUUGAUUUGCUUGGGACUUUAAAACAACAACAGAAUAGUAGUGAUUGGGGCGAUGAAGUUAAAGCAAUAUUAGAACAAGGUAUUAGUAGACCAAAGCAAGGACAUGAUGCAGGUGAUCAUCCGCCUAUUACCCCUAUGAAAACUGCUACAAGAAAUGAAUUAGAUGGUGACGCAUGGAGACUAUACGAUUAUAUUACUCGGCACUUCAUUGGAACGCUGGCAAAAGACUGUCGGUAUUUAAGCACAACAAUUAAGAUAUUAAUCAAUAAUGAGGUGUUUUAUAUUACUGGAAAAACUUUAAUCGAUCCAGGAUUUACCACUGUGAUGACUUGGCAUGCCUUUGGUAAAAAUGAGAUUUUACCAAAUCUAAAGGAAAAUGAAUUAGUGCCCAUACAAAACGCCAAAUUAACGGAACAUCAAACUUCACCUCCUGAUUAUUUAACCGAAGCUGAACUUAUUACUCUUAUGGAGAAGCAUGGUAUUGGAACUGAUGCUUCUAUUCCCGUCCAUAUCAACAACAUUUCGCAAAGAAAUUAUGUCACUGUAACACCAGGCAGAAAACUUAAACCAACAACUCUGGGGAUUGUUUUAGUACAUGGCUAUCAGAAGAUUGAUGCACAAUUAGUCCUGCCUACAAUGAGAUCGGCUGUUGAGGAACAAUUGAACUUGAUUGCUUUAGGUAAAGCUAAUUUUGGAGCUGUCCUGAAACACACUAUAGAUAUUUUCAAGUUAAAAUUCCAAUAUUUUGUUAAAAGUAUCGAUGCCAUGGAUCAACUUUUUGAAGUUUCUUUCUCACCACUUAGUGCUUCAGGCAAAGCUCAUUCAAGAUGUGGCAAAUGCAGAAGAUAUUUGAAAUAUAUUCAAGCCAAACCAGCGAGACUGCAUUGUCCCCAGUGCGACGAAACAUACAGUUUGCCUCAAAAUGGCACGAUAAAACUAUUCAGGGAAUUGAAAUGUCCCUUGGAUGAUUUUGAAUUGUUGUGUUGGACCACUGGAAAUAAGGGAAAAAGUUUUGUGUUUUGUCCAUACUGUUACAAUAACCCACCUUUCAAGGAUAUGAAGAAGGGAAAUGGAUGCAAUUCUUGUACCCAUCCAACUUGUGUGUACGGUCUAAAUACAAAUGGCGUGUGCAAUUGUGCUGAAUGCGAAUAUGGAAUUUUGGUUUUAGAUCCGUCUUCUGGUCCAAAAUGGAAAUUGGGUUGUAAUAAAUGCGACACGAUAAUAAACCUCUUCGACGACGCUCAAAAAAUCACGGUCCUAGAAGAAAGCUGUGACUGCGGCGCCCAACAGAUAAACGUGGAAUACAAAGCGGAAAAAUCGAAGCUGCCCAACCAGGCCACCGAUAUGAAAGGCUGCGCGUUCUGCAGUCAGGACUUUGCCAAACUUGUCGACAGGCCGAAAACGGCCGUCGCCAGUCGACCCCCUAGGCCGUUCAGGGGCGGCAAAUCCGCAGGCGGUAGGGGGGGACGUGGCGGAGGAGGUAGGGGCAGGGGAAAGCCAAAGGACAAGAUGGCGCAAUUGGCAGCGUAUUUUGUAUAGUCUUGUUUAUUUAUUAUAACCUCACGAAAAAAAGGUUAAACUAAAGAAA